AUGGGACAAUUUCUUGAAAGGAUUGACUCUAAAGAUGAAAAAAAUAUUGUAAAUGAAUCAACAGAUGUUCCAAAAUGGGAUUGUCUUUUAUUAACUGCAAGAAAUGAGAAACAACGAAAUAUAUUUCUUCAACAACUUCAACAUCUGCGUUUAAAAGAAAGAAAUUUUUGUAAAGAAUAUGUUGUUUUGGCAGACAAACCGGAGGGGAUAAGAAUAGGUUCUGGUGGUGCAACUCUUAAUGCACUUUUAAUAUUUGAACAACUUUUUGGAAAUAAUUUAAAAAAUGUUUGUUUAUUAUUAUUGCAUAGUGGUGGCCUUAGUCAAAGAAUUCCUCAUGUUGCAUUAACUGGAAAAGCAUUUAUGUUGAUGCCUGACGGGAAAACUUUAUUUGAACACAAAUUAAUUGCCUAUAGAAAAUUAUUAAAUUCUUUUUCUAAUUUUGGCGGUUUUUUAUUUAUUACUUCAGCAGAUGUUUUGGAAUAUUUCCCAAAUGAUUUUUGUAUUUCUAAUAUUCCAAAAGAAAUUUCUUUAUUUUUGAUAGCACAUCAAUCAAAUUUAGAUGUUGCUACACAACACGGAGUUUAUGUUUUGAAAGAAAAAGGAGAAGUUUAUAAUGUUUUGCAAAAACCAAGUAUUGAACAAUUAAAGAAAGUUAGUGGAGCUAUUUUGGAACCAAAUGAAUUUAGUCCUUUUGAGACAGCAUUAACUGAUAGUUGCUAUAUUAUUGGCCCGGAAUUAAUUGAAAAUUUAAUUAAAAAUAGAAAAGAAAAUGGAGAAGUUAUUUGUGAAUUAUGUUGUUAUCGAGAUUUUCUUUGUCCAAUAGGAUCUGGACCAAAUGAACAAAAGAAUAUUCAUUUUAUAAAUAAAAAUGUUGAAUUAUUUAAAUGGCAACAAAUUCUUUGGAAUAUAUUUAAUAAAAUAAAUCCACAAAUUAUUUCUUUGGGAAUUAAUUCAUUCUUUCAUUUUGGAACUGUUGGAGAAUUACUUGAACACUUUUUUGAUGAAAAUAGUGCUUUUAAAAAGAAAUUUUUGCCUAAUAUUGGAGAAAUGGGGAAUUUGGCUAAUUGUUUAAUAGAAAAACCAGAAAAUAUUUCUCAAAAAAGUUUUCUUGAAUGGUGCAAAAUAAAUUCCAAUUGUACUAUAGAAGAUAAUUGUAUUUUAAGUGGUGUUGUUUAUGAAGAACAAACUCCAAUUUAUAUAAAGUCUGGUAUGUGUAUUUGUACAUUUCCAAUUGGUGAAGAAGAAGAGGGGAAUGGAGGAAAUGAAGAAUUAAAUUAUGUUACGGUUAUUUUUCACAUAGAAGAUGAUUUAAAAAGAAAAACAUCAAAAGAAGAAAAUCUUAAAUGGUUUGGACAUUCUAUUAAAUCGUUAAAAGAAGAGGAGGAUAAUUCUCUUUGGAAUUGUCCACUUUUCUCUUUUUACCCAACAGCUUCUAAAUCUUUUUUAAAAACAAUUGAAAGAAUAAAUUUUGGAUUAAAUGAUUCAACCCCUUUAUUUUCCAUUGCUCAAGUUUUAGAAAAAGCAAAUGUUAACAAAAUGUUAAUGGAAAGAAAAAAAUUAUUGGAAGAAAAAAUUGUGUGA